AUGGCGUCUAAACACUGGGCGCUGGAGCGCAUCGCUGAGGCAAGUCAGGAAGACUCAAGCACAGCUGGAAUAAAAUUGGGGAUCGAUUCAGCCCAGGAGAGUCACAGCUUGCCAGACCCUAACGAGAGUAGCCAGAACAAAGGAUCAAUGGCUGCCACAAGCACGCAUCAUCCCAGUGAGAACGACGCCCAGCAACCAUCCUUGGAACCUGUCCCCGAAGCACAACCAGAGACAACAGAGUUGGCUCAAGCACAUGAAGAACCACAGCCAUUGUUCUCUGCCUUCACCAAGCGCCAAAAGCUAUUUAUCGUGAUCAUGGUCUCUCUGGCAUCCUUCUUCUCUCCCCUCUCCGGUCAAAUAUACUACCCUAUCAUGCCAACCUUGGUCAAGGACUACCAACUUACUCCCGCGCUAAUCAAUCUCACCAUCACAACAUAUAUGAUUCUUCAAGGUCUGGCCCCAGUCUUUAUGGGCACAUUUGCCGAUACAGGAGGAAGAAGACCAGCUUAUAUCAUUGCCUUUGCUGUCUAUACUGCGGCCAAUAUCGGUCUGGCUCUACAGAACAGUUUUGCAGCUUUGAUGGUGCUGCGUUGUAUUCAGAGUGCAGGAAGCAGCGGCACCGUGGCCUUCGGAUAUGGCGUUAUUGCGGACAUUGCGACAACAGCCGAGCGUGGCAAGUACAUCGGUCCCAUGGCGGCAGGUGUGAUGGUUGCACCAGCUCUGGGCCCCGUUAUCGGUGGUCUUUUGGCCAAGUUCCUCGGCUGGCGAAGUGUCUUCUGGUUUCUGGUUGUCAUCAGUGGUGGGUAUUUGGUCUUCUUUAUGAUUGCCAUGCCUGAGACAGCGCGCAAGAUCGUUGGUAAUGGGGGCGAGGUGCCAACUCAGUGGUGGCGCAUGUCGGUGCUUCAAUGGAUAUCGACGCGCGUGCUGCGUUCGCAGCGAAAGUCUGAUGAAGAACAGCGUGCUAGUGAAGCUUCUCAACGAUCCGGACAACAGUCCCGACAGACGAAGCUGAAGUUCCCAAACCCACUCCAUUCUGUCGCUAUUCUUCUUGAAUGGGAUGCUCUCAUCGUCAUCUCGUACGUCGGAUUCGUGAUGUUCGCGAAUAUCGCUUUACUGACCAGCACCCCAAACCUAUUCGGCCCGCUUUAUGGACUCAAUGAGCUUCAAAUCGGUAUCUGCUUCUUACCCUUUGGCAUAAGCUCUUGCCUCGGCGCGGUUGUAUACGGCAAAGUAAUCGACUAUAGUUAUAAGCGCACAGCCGAAAAAGCCGGCCUCCCCGCGAACCGUCAGAAUGGCGAUAAUCUUCGGAAAUUCCCAAUCGAGCGUGCCCGUCUACAAACCGUUUUUCCAGCCAUGGCCGUGGGUAUUGCGGCUUUCACCCCGUAUGGUUGGGUCUUGCAGCGGGGAGUGCCCCUCGCUGUACCGCUCGUCUUGCAAUUCAUCAUUGGCUUUUGCUUCGUUGCAUCACUAAACUGUCUCAAUACCCUGCUUGUUGAUCUCUUCCCAGAUAGACCUGCUACAGCUGCGGCGGCAUGCAAUCUUGUUCGGUGCUGUCUCGGUGCUGUUGGUGCUGCGGUUAUCAAUCAGAUGCUUAGCGGAAUGGGCUGGGGCUGGUGCUUUGUCUUCCUCGGUUUGUUAAUGACUGCUGGAAUGUCCUUGCUCUGGAUUGAAUGUGUGUAUGGGAUGGGAUGGAGAGAGAAAAGGCUGCUCAAGAUUGAGCGCAAAGAGAGGGAGGAAGCGGCUGAGGCCGAUGAUCUCCCCGUCGAAGAUAAGACCAAUGAGGAGCACCGGGUUGACAAAGACACCGUUGUCCAGCAAGUUGUUGAUUCUCAACCAGAGGCUGCUGCUGAAAAUGAGACUCGCUAG